CCCUUUAAGAAACAGCGCUCAGAGCAGACCGCAGCAGCGGCAGCCGUUACUCACCUGACAGCACAGCGGCAGGAGCCUCCUGGUCGAUCUCAACACUCCCAGUCCUGGACGGGGAAUGGGGUCCAGCUCGCUAGCCAGCUAGAGUUUUCUGGACCGGAAUCUAACAAAAAGGAGCUCACAGCCAGUGAGAUGGUGUCCUGGAUUAUUUCGAGGAUAGUUGUCCUCGCCUUUGGGACGCUGUACCCGGCUUACGCCUCGUACAAGGCUGUCAAAACGAAGAAUGUGAAGGAAUAUGUAAAGUGGAUGAUGUACUGGAUAGUGUUUGCGUUGUUUUCUACAGCAGAGACGGCCACAGACUUGCUUCUAUCAUGGUUUCCAUUUUAUUUUGAGCUAAAGAUUGCAUUUGUGAUCUGGCUUCUCUCCCCGUACACUAAAGGCUCCAGUGUCCUUUACCGCAAGUUUGUCCACCCAACGCUGUCCAACAAAGAGAAGGAAAUAGACGAGUACAUAGCUCAGGCCAAAGACCGGAGUUAUGAGACCAUGAUGAGGUUUGGAAAACGGGGUCUCAACCUCGCCGCUAAUGCUGCUGUCACUGCAGCCACCAAGGGGCAGGGCGUUCUGUCCGACAAGCUGCGCAGUUUCAGCAUGCAGGAUCUGACUCUCAUAAACACAGAGGAGGAGCUGGGUCUGCACACCUCAGAGGUGCGGAUGAGGCGAGACCUCAUGGACGAGAUGAGCUCCGGGGUCAACACGCUUCCCCGCUCAAAGAGCGCCACCACACGGCAGACCCGUUCUUCGGUAGCUGCGUCUCUUACUGAAGACACGUCGUCUCAACACAGCUCCGACCAGUCGGACACGAGGACUGAACACUCUGAUGACGACGUAGGAGACAAAGCUCCCAAACGUGCCACCAGCACAAAAACAACAAAAAAACCUGCAGCUGUGAAGACGGAGUCACAACAGAAGACGGUGAAGAAGCCUGUAAAGAAAAAGACGACUUCUAAUAACAUGGAGACACCUCCAUGAGUCCAGCUGUCCAGGCGCUCCCGUUGGUUCUCUACGUCACCCCUGUUGGCUUUUAAAGCCAAGAGUAGAUUUAGCUUUCUUUUAACUGUAGGUUUUAGAGUGCUUCAGAAACCCUCCCUUUGCACAUUUUCCUCACAUUUAGUCAGUUUACCUGAGGUUUAACCUUUUGUGAACUUAGAGUUUUAUGAUGGUUAAUAAUCAGAUCAGAAAUGCUUCUUCAUCUGUUUAGAUUUCUGGUUCACACGGACAUAUUUAAUGUCAGUUUUUGACAUCAAGUAUGUCAGACAUCUGUUUUUGAUAAGUUAGGAUAUUGUUUCAUCUGUGUGUUUCUGGCCAGAUUACGCAUGGUUCCUGUGUCUUAUGUUUACAUUCUGACUAAACUGAUUUGGAAACCCUCUAAAGUUUGGUCUCUGGAGCAGACACCCAAUGAAGCUGAGAUGAAGUUGGAAUAAACGUUUAUUAUCGUUGUUUCCUUACAACUGUCUCACCUGGAACUCUUGCAGCCUUAUGUUAAUCUGUAUUGUUUUAUUUUACUCUGAAUCUUGUGUAGGAGUUCAAACUUGUAUUUGUCUCCAGAAGGUGUCCUGUGGCUGAGUGGAUCUGACUGCUAUGUUUAGAUGUCACUCGGUUGUUUUUAAUUUUCACAUAAAGUUCAGUUUGCUGCAGGAGGUGGAGUGGUUUCUUUUAUCACCACUCAGACUGUAAUUAUCUGUCAUUUAUUACACUUCUGCAUACUUCAUGUAUUAUUUGUAAUAAGUAUAAUUGUGUCGUCUUUAUGUGAAAUUAUUAAUAGUUUCUUAAAUAAACACAUUAGUCGUUUA